AUGACUGUAGACGAAACAUCAAUAGAAUUUAAAGAAAAAAGUCGUUCAAUACGAAUACGUGAAAAUAAUCGUCUUUGUGAAAAAGGAAAUUAUGAAACAUAUGGGUAUAUUAGAGGAAAUCAAUCUUAUUCAAAUGGUAUUCAUACUAUUAGAAUUAAAUUUGAAAAAACUGAAUCAUCAAAUAUAAAUAAUAAUGAAUGGUCUCCAUGGAUAUUUAUUGGAAUAUGUUCAACAAUAGAUAAAUCAGCAUUUGGAGAUGUUCGUUAUCAUAAAUUACGUUCAGCUUGUGGGUGGUCAACAAAUGGAGAUAUUUGGAUAAAUGGAAUGGGAAAAAGAAUUCAAUGGCCAGGUAUUCCAAUUGAAAAUGAUAUUAUUCAAUUAACUAUUGAUUGUGAUCAAAAAAGUUUAACACUAUUUAAUGAAAGAACACAUGAAAAAACAAAACAAAUUCAAAUUGAUUAUGAAGAUAAAACAUUAUUUCCUUGGUGUUUUUAUCUUGUUAUGGCUAAUCAAGGAUAUAAAUUACGUUUAUUGUAA